AUGGCGGUUGAACUGGGGCCUGGUCGGCCUGGUACCUUGACUCCGGAGCAAGAGGAGAAGCUUCGUCAGCUAUGGGCAGCCGUGUUUCGGGUGUGUGGCACUGACCUCACUGCCGAGGAUGAUGAGGGUGCGGAUAUGGAGCCUACGGACUCCGCCGGAAAAGCAUCGGGAAAGGACGGUAAGAAACCCGACAAAAAGAAGAAGCGCAGUCUCUUCCACCGGUCCAAGAAGGACGGCAACACUGCAGAUGACAGCUCAUCUGCAGCAAGCAAAUCGACCCACACAGUCAACGUCAACACCGACGAUGACAAAUAUGGACAAGGCAAGAUUUAUCAGGACGCACUUGCUAGCAUGACACCGGAUUUGAUUCGUGCCACGAUAUGGAGUAUGGUCAAGCACGAUCAUCCAGAUGCCCUCCUUCUACGCUUUUUGCGCGCCAGGAAGUGGGAUGUGGACAAGGCACUGGUCAUGCUGGUAUCCACCAUGCACUGGCGGUCUCAAGACAUGAAGGUCGAGGACCUUGUGCGCUCCGGUGAGGGUGCUGCAGUCGCACGCGAAGGCGGCUCUGACAAUCAGGCCAAGUUGAGUCACGACUUUCUCGACCAAAUUCGAAUGGGGAAGAGCUUCCUUCACGGCUUUGACAAAACCGGUCGCCCGAUCUGCGUCGUGCGUGUACGCCUGCACCACCAAGGAGACCAGAGCGAAGAGAGCAUGGAGCAGUACACAGUGUACAUCAUCGAGACGGCUCGCAUGCUUUUGCAGCCGCCUGUCGACACGGCCACUAUUAUUUUCGACAUGACCAGCUUCUCUCUAGCGAACAUGGAUUACACGCCUGUCAAGUUUAUGAUCAAGUGCUUUGAGGCGAACUAUCCCGAAUGUCUCGGGGCAGUCUUAGUACACAAGGCGCCAUGGAUCUUCCAAGGCAUUUGGAAGAUAAUACGUGGAUGGCUAGACCCGGUCGUGGCUAGCAAAGUGCACUUCACAAAUAAUGUCAAGGACAUGGAACAAUUCAUCGAGAAGGACCAAAUCCUGAAGGAGCUGGAUGGUGGCGAUGAUUGGGAGUACAAAUUUGUCGAGCCGACUCCAGGAGAUGACGACAGGAUCAGCGACACGGCCACACGGGACCAGCUUCUUGCCAAGCGUGAACAACUCUAUCGGCAGUACGAAGUGGCAACAGGCGAGUGGAUUAUGAACCCUGAGGGUGAGAAAGCCAAGGCACUCAAGGCCGAAAGGGACGACAUUGCCAAUCGCAUGCGGGUCGACUACUGGAAGGUCGAUCCUUACUUGCGUGCACGCUCUCUGUAUGACCGAAUUGGCCUUCUUCUGCCCAACGGUGACGUUAAUCGGAGCCUUCACUUGGGGAUCGACGAGACAACACAGACACCUGGCGCAAUUGCAAAUCCCGCAACUAAUGGCGAGGUGACAGCAAGCAUUUCGAUCGAUGACGUGGAGUAA